UUUCAAUAUUCAACCAUGAACCCAUCAUCAUCAUCAUCAGUGAUUAGCAGAGAUCAAGCUCUCUCUGUUUUCAAUCACCCUUUCCCACAAUCUCACUCUUCCCCUCUUCCAAAUUUAAAAAAUGGUUCCUUUGUAUCUCCCACCAUCAAUACCCACACAAGAAAGCCAAAGUCUCACACUUCGUUCACCGCUCCUAAACGACUCCAAGUCAUCACUGGUUGCUUAGGUGAGAGGAGUUCGCCUGCAAGGACACUUAGACAGAUUCUGGAAUCGCCUGGGGUUCAUCAAGGCCCUGCUUGUUUUGAUGGUCUUAGUGCUAAGCUUGUUGAAAGAGCUGGCUUUCGGUAUUGUUUCACCAGUGGAUUUUCCAUUUCUGCUGCUCGCCUGGGCUUACCGGACACAGGAUUUAUUUCCUAUGGUGAAAUGGUUGAUCAGGGCCAACAAAUCACCCAGGCCGUGUCGAUUCCUGUUAUUGGAGAUGGUGAUAAUGGAUAUGGAAAUGCGAUGAAUGUGAAGAGAACUGUUAAAGGAUAUAUAAGAGCCGGCUUUGCCGGGAUCAUUCUCGAAGAUCAGGUGUCUCCGAAAGCUUGUGGUCACAAACAAGGCAGGAAGGUGGUGUCCAGAGAGGAAGCCAUUAUGAGAAUUAAAGCAGCAGUUGACGCUCGCAGUUCUAAUGUCGACUUGUAACCGAUUUGAAACUCG